CCGGAGGGGACGGGGAGGAGCCGAAGGGACAAGAUCUGCUGCGGGCCUCGGUUCAGGUGCUUUCCAGCAUGGCUUCGGCCUCCUCCGGACACGGAGCCAGUUUGUUGCGUUUUCUGCGGCUGGUGGGGCAGCUCAAGAGAGUCCCACGGACGGGCUGGGUAUACAGGAAUGUGGAAAAGCCAGAGAGUGUGUCAGAUCACAUGUACCGGAUGGCGGUUAUGGCUAUGGUGACCAGAGAUGACCACCUUAACAAGGAUCGAUGUAUACGCCUAGCCCUGGUUCACGAUAUGGCAGAAUGCAUCGUUGGGGACAUAGCACCAGCAGAUAACAUCCCCAAAGAAGAAAAGCAUAGGCGAGAAGAGGAGGCUAUGAAACAGAUCACCCAGCUGCUGCCAGAGGACCUCAGGAAGGAGCUCUAUGAACUCUGGGAAGAAUAUGAGACCCAAUCUAGUGCAGAGGCCAGAUUCGUGAAGCAGCUGGACCAGUGUGAAAUGAUCCUUCAGGCAUCAGAAUAUGAAGACAUGGAGAAUAAACCUGGGAGGCUUCAAGACUUCUAUGAUUCCACAGCAGGAAAAUUCAGUCACCCUGAGAUAGUCCAGCUUGUUUCUGAACUGGAGACAGAGAGAAAUGCCAACAUAGCCUCGGCCUCUGCGGAGCCGGGCUCCUGAGUGCACCUUGCGGCUCUGCUGCCCUACUUUCUUCUUUGCUUCAUGGGAACAUGUUUUUCUACUGUGGCUCUGAAGAUUUCCCAAGAUGAGAAUCUAUCUUCUGUUGUCUGGACUUGAGCAACAAGUGUUAUAGAACCCCAGUCCUAAAAGAAGCCUCUGAACUGGAAGUGGUCAGGAAGAUGCCAUGGGCGAAGGCUCAAGAGGAGAAUGCUUGUUUUGUGAAUUAAAUAAAUAUUUAACACU